AUGUUUGGUACGGGCGGUAAGAAUUCAGAUCAUAAUUGCCCUAAAUGUGACGGAGUAGACAACGAUGAAAUGGUCCAGUGUGACGCCUGCGACGCCUGGUAUCACUUUCAUUGCGUUGGAGUCGACAGCAAUGUGGCUGACAUAAGCUGGAGCUGCGAGAUUUGUAGGCACGGCGGGUCAACUGCGAACGCGCAACCGACAGCAUCGUCAUCGCCAACUACCAACCAAAGUAAACGGCAAGUGCAUUUUCCAACAUCGGUCUCGACAACAGCAGGGAAAGCAGAUUUCCCGCGCAAUCCGCAACAAAAUGUGGUUGCUGCAACCACAACGGUUGCGUCUUUAACAACCGCCACGAAUAUGCCAGUACCAAUUACGUUUCCGACUAUGCUACCUGCCACCGCCACAAACUCAUCGCUGUCAAAUUUAACAUCUGCAUGCUGGGAUUUCCAACCCACUGCACCACAUGCCUCAUUGCAGGGCCGCCAAUUUCCCACGAUGACAACCGGGCGUUAUUCAACGCUUCCGGCAACGGCAUCUUUAAAAGAAGUCGUAUCUAGUAACAUAGCAUAUUCUUCAGCAGAUACCAUGUCUCGCGAACCGGAAAUAGUUGAAAGGCAAGGUGCACCAAAUGUCCAUUUGGCACGGACGCCUCACAAUCAGGAGGUACACAGAAAGCUCCAGCUAGAACGUUUGGAGGAAGAGAUGAGGAUUCAGCAACAGUACUUGGAUAACAAGUACAAAAUUCUAUCUCAGUAUGACGAGUUACUUCCAACCAACAAUUCAUUUUUUACUGUGACCAACAGUCCUUCACCGUCACAAUUGGCCGCAAGACAAGCUAUCCCCAAGCAGCUCCCGACUUUUAACGGAGAUCCGGACGAGUGGCCGCUUUUCAUUAGCAGCUUUGAAAACAGCACAACUGUCGCCGGGUACACCGAAGCUGAGAAUUUGAUACGACUACAAGCGAGCCUUAAAGGUAAAGCGCGUGAGAUGGUAAAGAGUAAACUGUUUAUGCCAUCCAUGGUACCUGAAAUUAUCAAAACCCUCAAGAUGUGUUUCGGUCGACCGGAGUAUAUUCUGGAGCGGGCGGUGAAUCGAGCUCGUGGUCUUCCGCCGGUGAAAGACAAAUUAGAGGCUCUUAUUGAGUUUGCACUUUGUGUGCGAAAUAUUUGUACUACCAUGGAAGGAUGCCAAAUGUAUAUGCAUUUACAUAACCCAUUGUUGGUUAAGGAGCUGGUGGACAAGCUUCCAAACAAUCAAAAGCUAAGCUGGGCAGUUCACCCUAAAAACGAUGAAAUACCUGUAGUGAAGCAAUUUAGUGAGUGGUUGUACAGCUUAGCUGAAGCCGCAAGUACCGUAGUCAGCUUAGCGCCAACUAAUACGCGCAUGGUCAACACUCAUACCGUCGAUAUGACCCGAGAACGUAUGCAAGCAGAACAAAGAGCAUACCAAAACAAGCAGUGUAAAGUUUGCAAGAGCUACGAACACAAAGUAGCGCAAUGCGAAGUCUUUAAAAAUUUUUCACUACAACGCAAGUGGGAAGCAGUGAAGGCUAACAACCUUUGUCGCCAAUGCCUCAACCCACAUAGACGCAAAUGUUACUUAAACAGGAUCUGCGGUAAAGAUGGAUGUACAGUCAAACAUCAUCCUUUGCUCCAUAAAUCGGUAAUGAACCAAAGUAAACCAGUAAGUACUGCAAUUGAAUUCUCAGAUGCCACGGUAAACACCCACAGCAACGAAAGAAACCAACCUCUUUUCCGAAUCGUGCCAAUUUAUAUUCAUUCCAAAAUCAAAACAAUAAAAAUAUUUGCAUUUUUAGACGAGGGCUCAUCCGUCACGUUAAUGGAAAGAAAGAUAUUUGAUGAACUCGACUUGGUUGGUGAACAAGACCCUUUAUGUCUGCGAUGGACAGGAAACACUACGCGCGUUGAGAAGAACUCUGUAAGGGCUGCUAUUGAAAUUUCAAGUAUGACAAAUAAGCGAAGGUAUAUUUUGAAUAACAUUCACACCGUCGACGACCUCGAUCUACCGGCACAAUCGAUCGACGCGUUUGAGUUGCAGAAAAUGUAUCCACAUCUAGCAGGUCUACCGAUCGCCUCAUAUGAGAACGUUAAACCAUCGAUGUUAAUCGGCGUUGAUAACUGGAAGCUCGCGGUUCCUCUCAAAAUAAGAGAAGGAACUUGGUCACAACCCAUAGCUUCGAAAACUCGCUUGGGGUGGGCGCUGCAGGGAUGCGACGUUGGUUGUACGGAAGAAUGCCAGCUUAAUGUCCACACCUGCGAUUGCCGAAAAGGUUACGCUGAACUGCAGGAAAUGGUAAAAGAUUUCUUUAAGAUAGAAUCUCCUAAACCAACACAAGUAAUGUCGAAAGAGGACGCAAAAGCCGUAAGUAUUAUGAACGACACGUACCAAAAGAUUGGCAACCGUUAUGAAAUUGGGCUAAUGUGGCGCGAUCUUAAUGUCUCGAUACCAGACAGCUAUUCUUACGCUCAUCAACGACUGAAAUGUUUGCGAAAAAAGUUCAUUAAAGAUCCUAAUCUAAAAUAUACCAUACAAUCACAGAUCGAUAAUUUACUGGCUAAAGGAUACGCCAAGAAGCUCACGGAAGAGGAGGUUGCAGCACGUGGUGGAAAAAUAUGGUAUUUGCCAAUUUUUAUUGUAAGCAAUCCGAACAAGCCUAGUAAAGUUCGAAUGGUGUGGGACGCGGCUGCGAAGGUGAAUGGAGUUUCGCUUAACGAUUUUCUACUAAGCGGCCCAGACUCGCUCAAUUCACUAGUUGAAAUUUUGUUGUCAUUUAGAGUCGGCAGAGUAGCGAUAUGCGGCGAUAUUGCAGAGAUGUUCCACCGCAUUAACAUCCGGGAGAGUGACAUGCACGUCCAGAGAUUUUUAUGGUAUGAUGAAGGCGAUGAGCAACAGAUACCCAGUGUUUAUGUUAUGCGAGCAUUGACAUUUGGACUUAAUUGCGCGCCAUGUAUCGCACAUUUUAUUCGUGAUAAGAACGCGGAUAGUUACACUGACAAAUUUCCCCGUGCUGUGGAAGCUGUUAAGAAAUACCACUACGUAGACGACUAUAUCGACAGCGAAGAUGAUUCAGAGUCCACUUUGACUCUGGCUCGACAAGUUCAGAAAAUUCACAGCAACGCUGGGUUCAACAUUCGUGGUUGGUCAUCGAAUUCACGAGCCGUUGUAGAGCAACUCGAAGAAAAUGGUUCUUUGGUUCAAACUGGUAAGGAAUGGGGCUCAACGACGAAGGUUCUUGGAAUGUUUUGGGAUCCCAAAUGUGACAGCUUUAAAUAUAUUUGCCGAUUUGCAAGACUCCGUCGCGACGUGAUUAAUCAACCGUGUAUCCCUACGAAGAGGGAGCUUCUUCAAGUCUUGAUGUCUAUCUUCGAUCCAUUGGGAUUU